AUGCUGCUCGGAUGCUACCUGCUGACCAAGACGGAGAACAAGAUCGGCUCGCCGGAGAAGCCGCUCUCCGACCUGGGUCUGAUCUCGUACCGCAGCUACUGGAAGGACGCCCUGCUGCGCUACUUCGCCGACUUCCGAGGCAAGGUGGUCAGCAUCAAAGACAUCAGCCAGGAGAUGGCGGCCAACUCCAACGACAUCGUCAGCACCCUGCAGGCGGUCGGCAUCGUCAAGUACUGGAAGAACAAACACAUCAUCCUCAAGAGACAGGACAUAUUUGAGGACUUUGAGGAGAAGCGGCGCCGUCGCGGUCCCGACCACAAGGAGAUCGAUCCCAAGUGUCUCACCUGGAAGCCGUUCCAGUCCUCGGAGCAGAGCAAGGCCUCCUGAGCUGUCUGUCCGGCGGCCGACCGCCAGGUCACGGUCACGGGUCACGGUGUGUGACGCGGACAAUGUGGUCACUGACAAUGGCGGCUUCAGAACAUUCUCAGCUCAUCCAGCGGGGCUGCAGUUUAGAGCAAGAUGGCCGCACGGUGGUGCGCUCCGGGCUCCUGAUGGUUUUAGUCCUAGCUUGCUUGAAAUCAUGUUUAAUUUUGGAUCAAAACCUGUUUUACUCUUUCUUUCGGUGUUUUAUUUAUUUUUGUUUUAUUUUUCAAGGUUGACGUGAAUGAUCCAUUGGGUAUAUUGUGUUUUGUUUUAAACAUUCUCUUAUGUUUUGUCGCUCGGUGUAGGGCACCCAGUAUCCGUAAGGCUAAGGAGGCCCAGUUGUUUGCUGAGAUUUGUGAGGCGCAUCCUUUGAAUUGAUGCUGCUAUCGGAUGUGUAAUGUGUUAAUGUAUGUUUUGUGUACAUACGAGUACACAUGCUCAAGCUGUGUAACGUGUAGUUGCAUGAAGUUGUGGGAUUGAACCUCUGCGCGAGCGGCUUAGUGUCCGUUCAGAACUGUUUCAUCUGUUUGAAGGCGCUUUGUCGGACCCCUCACUUGGAGCGCCAGCGGUCUUAUCCAUUGAGAUUUGUUGGAUCGUCGUGGAUCAUUCGCCUGUCCCAGCGAACCAUGUGUUGUCGCCGCGGCUCUGACAUGUUGAUGUGUUAUGUAGGAGACACAGCUGAUGUUGUAAGGCGUUGGACUAUGGCUUCGAGCGUUCCAGUUUCUUCAACACACGGAUCUCGCUUUUUUUCGUAGGGCGCUAGAACUAAUUAAAUUGUUACUAAUUACAUUGAUAUUCCGCCAACCAAUCAGAGAUUUCACGAGGUUCAUCAUCAACAUCGUUGCGUGUUCGUUUUUGCCAUCCAUAUUUAUCCUAAAUCCGUUGUGCCUGAUGGCUCACGGCUGCCCGUGGGGCGUGGGCUGCCGGUAUCUUUCCGCGUUUGUUUGGUGUCGAUGACGCUCCUGAGCCGAUCCAUGUGCGCUGGGGCGUCCGACUCUGUGCAUACAUAUGUCCGCUAUGAGAACAUCACAUCGUGGCCACAAUACAGCGGAUGUGUUUACUGUA